GAAACCACACGUUGAACAGUUGAAGUUCCCUCCAAGACUUGUGACUGUUAGCUGGUGGCGUUACGAUUCACGGCCAUGGCUUACGCACCGUCGCCCAUGUCGGUUCAACCGGGUCGGAUUCGGACCCUUAAAGAAGGUUCGCGCGAAAAAGCGGGUCCCGUUGUGUACUGGAUGUUCAGAGAUCAACGAGCGAUAGACAACUGGGCUCUCAUCCACGCCGUUCGUGAGGCCAACAAAGCCAACGUUCCCGUAGCCGUUGUUUUCAAUCUCUUCCAUAGCUUUCUGGGCGCGAAAUCUCGUCAUUUAGGGUUCAUGUUGAGGGGUUUGCGCCAAUUGUGCCACCGCAUGCAACACACACUUCAUAUCCCCUUUUUCUUGUUUCGGGGUGAAGCAGAGGAUACUAUACCAAAGUUUCUUAGAGAAUGUGAAGCUUCACUUUUGGUGACGGAUUUCUCACCGUUGCGGGAAGUACGAAAGUGUAAAGAAGAGAUUUGCAAGAGGGUAGGCGGUUUUGUUACCGUCCAUGAAGUGGAUGCUCACAAUGUUGUCCCCCUUUGGGUUGCUUCUGAUAAGUUGGAGUACAGUGCUAGGACCAUAAGGGCUAAGAUAAACAAAAGGCUUUCUGAGUAUCUCAUUGAUUUCCCUAACAUUGAACUUGAACCCCCAAUUAGGAAGUGGGUGGUCACUGACAACCACUCCAUUGACUGGGAUGAUCUCAUUGCUGAUGUGUUAAGGAGAGGAGCUGAGGUUCCUGAAGUUGAGUGGUGUGAACCUGGGGAAAAUGCUGCAAUGGAAGUGCUAAUGGGAAGUAAAAAUGGGUUCUUGACUAAAAGGUUGAAAAAUUAUUCUGUAGAUCGCAACAACCCGUGCAAACCCACUGCACUUUCUGGCUUAUCACCCUAUUUGCAUUUUGGACAGAUAUCUGCUCAGCGUUGUGCUUUAGAAGCACGUAAGCUGCGAACUUCACACCCUCAGGCUAUUGAUGCUUUCGUGGAGGAAUUGGUUGUGCGGAGAGAGCUUGCUGAUAACUUUUGCUUUUACCAGCCUCAUUAUGAUUCAUUGCAAGGAGCAUGGGAGUGGGCUCGUAAGACCUUGCUCGAUCAUGCCUCUGAUAAACGAGAACAUAUUUACUCGAGGGAGCAGUUGGAGAAGGCACAGACUGCUGAUCCCCUCUGGAAUGCUUCUCAGCUGGAGAUGGUUCAUUAUGGGAAAAUGCAUGGUUUUAUGCGAAUGUAUUGGGCCAAGAAGAUACUUGAAUGGACACGAGGACCUGAAGAUGCCCUUGAGAUAUCUUUAUAUUUAAAUGAUAAGUAUGAAUUAGAUGGGAGAGAUCCAAAUGGUUAUGUUGGCUGCAUGUGGUCAAUUUGUGGGGUUCAUGAUCAGGGUUGGCGAGAGAGGCCCAUUUUUGGGAAAAUCCGAUACAUGAACUAUGCAGGCUGCAAAAGGAAAUUUGAUGUCGAUAAAUACAUUGCAUAUGUCAAUAAAUUAGUUAGUGAGCUGAGAAAGAGAAAGGCUGAAAACUCGCUAUCUCGAAAGGAGAAAGUACCACGCCGUUGUGAUCCUGAAAACUGAAGGAGCAUAUAUAUGCUUCUACGUUUCUUGGCAUAUUUUGUUUUUAGGCAGAGUAGCAUGGUAACGUGCCGUUGUUUGGCUUGUGAUAUUUGAACCAGGGAACAUGAUCCGCAUUCUUGACCACUUUGUUUGGAUGCAAUGAUUUAAGAAUGUAAAAAAAAAUUGAAAGAAAUGAUUUAACAGAAAAAAGGUGAACUUUCC